AUGUCGAAGUUUAUUUCAGUAUAUUUGGCGGCUUAUAACCUGGUUCAAUUGCUAGGGUAUGUUUUUAUCCAUAUUUUUAAUACGUUCAGUUGGAGCUUCGUAUUACUAAUUUUUCAAACUUUGGCAAUACUGGAGAUUGUACAUGCCUUUUUAAGGCUUGUUAAAUCUUCUCCCAUGGCUACAGCAAUUCAAAUAUCUUCUCGUCUACUUAUUCUCUGGGGCGUUUUGUAUAUGUAUUCUGAGGUUUGUAUUCAUUUGCAAAUGAUGCUUGUCUCUUGGUGUUUGGCUGACAUUACUCGUUACCUCUAUUACUUUCUCAGUUCUUUCAUGGAAGCACCACGACUUCUUACUAUUUUUAGAUAUAACCUCUUUCUGGUGCUCUAUCCAACCGGUAUUGCGGUAAGUUUCUUCUCUGAAAUUGCGCUCCUAUGGUAUUCGCUACCCUAUGCGGCUCGCAAACCCUGGAUAUAUUUCCUACUUCCUAACGUUCUAAAUUUUGGGUUUAGUACAUAUGAACUUUACUGCUUGUUCUUGCUGCUCUACAUACCAGGGAGUCCAGUCAUGUAUAGCCAUAUGUUAGCUCAGCGUAAGAAGGCAAUGAGCCAGAAGAAGAAAGUUGAAUGA